CCACAGCAUCCCGCCUAGCAUGUCGCGCCUCAUCGUCAAGCAGCUGCCGGCGUACCUCUCCGAGGCGCGGCUGCGCGAGCACUUUGCCGCACGCGGCGGCGCCGUGACGGAUGUGCGCCUGCUGCGCCGCCCCGACGGCACGUCGCGCGGCUUUGCCUUUGUCGGCUUCCACAGCGACGCCGACGCCCUCGAGGCGCAGCGCUACUUCGACCGCACCUACAUCGACACGUCGAAGAUCGCCGUCGAGGUGGCGCGCAAGAUCGACGACGAGAGCCUGCCGGACCGCCGCAACAAGCGCAGUGCGCCCGGCGCCGACCUGCCGCCGAGCAAGCGGCAUGCCGGCGAGUCGGGCGUCGUCGCGUCCACGCCGGGGGCCGAGGCGUCGGGCAGCAAGCCCAAGCCGCCCAAGGCCAGCAAGAAGGGCGUCUCCUUCGACGAGUUCAUGUCCGUCAUGGCACCCAAGGCCAAGCGCAAGACGUGGCAGAACGAAGAGGGCGGCGAGCAGGCACAGCUGGCCGCCGGCGACUUUGCCCACGGCGCCGCCGUCGCCGACGCUGCGGCGGACCGCAAGGUGCGCAAGGCGGAGCGUGCCGCACGCCGCGCCGCAAAGGCCGAGGCGGCCGCCGCCGCGGCGGCCGCAGAGGAGGAGCAGCGGAUAGAGCGCGACGAGCCCCAGCCGGCCGACGCGGCGCUCAACGACGAAGGCAUGACGGACCUCGACUACAUGCACCGCCGCAUGAAGCGCAAGCUCGGCGGCGAGGAGGAGAAGCCGGCACUAGAGGACGACGACGACGCGCCAAAGGCCUUUGAGCAGUCGGGCUCAGAGGCUGGUGACGACGAUGUGGCCAGUAGCAGCGAUGAGAGCGACGAGGACGAUGACGACGCGGCAGCGAAGCGCGAGGCCGAGCGCAAGCGCCUCGAGGCCGAGGCGGCCAAGGAGCAGGAGUCCAUCGACACCAUCAUGACGAGCGGACGCCUCUUCGUGCGCAACCUGCCGUUCGGCGCGAGCGAGGACGAGCUGAGCGAGUACUUUAGGCGCUGGGGCAGCGUGUCGCAGGCACACAUCCCGCUCGACAAGAAGAGCAAGAAGGCCAAGGGUCUUGCCUUCGUCAAGUUCGAGGAGCCUGCCAAUGCCCUCGCGGCCUUCCGCGCCGCGGACGGCGCCACCUUCCAGGGCCGGCUACUGCACGUCAUGCCUGCCGUCGAUGCCCGGCCCGUACCGGCGGACGCCAAGGCCAAGACUCUCAAGGAGCAGAAGAAGGAGACGCUCAAGGCCGACGCGACAAAGGACUUCAACUGGAGCAUGCUCUACAUGAGCGCCGACGCCGUCGCCAGCAGUGUCGCCGAGCGCCUGGGCGUCGACAAGAGCCAGAUACUCGAUGCCAACGACGACAGCGGCGUCAGUCCUGCCGUCAAGCUUGCGCUGGCCGAGACGCGCGUCAUCCAAGAGACCAAGGCGUUUCUGAGCAAGGAGGGUCUUGAUCUCGACGUCGUGCAGUCUGGCAAGCGCGUCGCUCGCAGCGACACGACGAUUCUCGUCAAGAAUAUUCCGCACGGCACGACGACCGAGGCGCUGCGCGAGCUCUUUGCCAAGCACGGCGACGUCGAGCGCGUCGUCAUGCCGCCGGCCGGCACGCUGGCCAUCGUCGAGAUGCCCGUGGCGGGAGAGGCGCGCGUCGCCUUCCGGUCGCUCGCCUACAAGCGCAUCGGCAACGGCGUGCUCUACCUCGAGAAGGCGCCUGUCGGGCUGCUCAAGCCCAAGGAGGAGGUCGAGCUGGCAGCACCCAGCGCCUCUACUGGCGCCGCUGCGCCACCGUCAAAGACGGAGCAGAUGCACGGCGCAUCGGCCGCCGACAACGACGACGCCGAGCCGGGCGCGACGCUCUUCGUCAAGAACCUCUCCUUCGCCACGACGGACGAGACGCUGGCCAAUUUCUUCGCCGCCCUGCCCGAGCUUGCGUUCGCACGCGUGCAGACGCGCUCGGAUGCCUCCAAGCCCGGCGUGCGUCUCAGCAUGGGCUACGGCUUUGCCGGCUUCCGCAGUGCGGCGGCUGCGAAGGCGGCGCGGCAGGCGCUCGACGGACACGAUCUGGACGGCCACUCGGUCUCGCUCGCCUUCGCCAAGCGCGGGCAGGACGAGGACAAGAGCAAAGGCAAGGGGGCCGCGGCGCAGACGAGCAGCACCAAGAUCGUCGUCAAGAACCUGCCGUUCGAGGCCAACAAGAAGGAGGUGCGCGCCCUCUUUGCGGCGUACAACGUCAAGAGUGUGCGUGUGCCGCGCAAGCCUGCCGGCGGCGCCACUGCGGGAGCGCGAGGCUUUGCCUUCGUUGAGGUUGCCACGCGCCGCGAUGCCGAGGCGGCGAUGGAGGCCCUGGCGCACACGCAUCUGCUGGGCCGGCACCUGGUGCUGCGCUACGACAAGGAGGACGCACAGGGCGUCGAGGGCGUGCGCGCACGCACGCAGCGCGCCCUGCCGACGGGCGAGGAGACGGUCGCGCGCAAGGCCAAGCUGCAUCUCGGCGAGGACGACAUCCGCGACGCCGUGGCGCGCGAGCGUGCCGCGGCCGACGCUGCCGACGAUGACGACGACGAGUAGUGGGCCUCUCCUCGCCGUGGCAGGGCUCUUCACUGUAUCAUCACCCUUACACACCAUGUAUACCACGACUCAAUGCUGCAUCACCUGCUCCGCACACUCGCGCGUUGGAGG